AUGGCUAAUUCACAAGAAUGUAGCUAUACAUUUGUUAAAGUUUCAUUAAUUAUAAUUAACAUUAUCUACGUGUUGGUAGCAAUGACCAUGAUUGGGGCUGCAAUCUUUGCUGGUGCUGCACAAAAAUUAACCAGUUUACCAAUACUAGGUGCAGUGACAGCCGUGGGGAUUAUUUUACUCCUUCUAGCCAUCAUGGGUUUCGUUGGAGCUGCUAAACACAAUCAAGUUUGCCUCUUUUUUUAUAUGAUACUGGUUUGCUUGAUGUUUAUGAUCCAAUUUUCAACAUCUAUUGCUGCCUUAGCUUUAGAUAAUACCCAACAACGGACAAUCUUGCGCACCGGUUGGGAUGGAAGUAGUAAAACGACCAAAUCUCAAAUUGAGAAAAUGUUCCAUUGCUGCGGUUUCGAUGCCCAAAACUUAACCGUAUUCUAUGAAACUCAUCCACAGUGCUCUCGACGAUUACCUUGUUAUUACUAUUUACAAAAUUCCAUUUCACGUGCAUUAAAAAUUGCUGGUGGUGUUGGCUUAGCUUUUAGCUUUACCCUCUUUAUUGGUGUCUAUUUAUCUCAUCGUUUCCGAAAUAUGAAGGAUAACACCGAUAUAGACGAUAACUUUUUCUAA